UGGUCAGUGACCCAAGAAAAUCACUUCUUGAGGCAAGAAUAAAAAAGGUCGUAAGCAGAUAGCCUUUCCUUCCCUCCUGCCUAGCGCACCCUGCCCCACAAUCAUAGAAUCAUAGAAUAAUUUGGGUUGGGAGGGACCUUAAAGAUCACACAGUUCCACCUCCCCCACCAUGGGCAGGGACAUCCCACUAGAUCAGACUGCCUAAGGUCCCAUCCAACCUGGCCUUGAAAUAGUGGCUCGUGCUCUAAUCCAGGGUUCAAAACUCGUGGAUGCCACCACCUUUAGCUUGGGCAGUCAUCAUAAAAAUAGAAAAUUAUGUUUUGGCUAUUCAUGUAUUUAUUUUAAUGAGUCUUGUUUGCCUACUCUUCUCUGGUUAGAAAAUAAAAUAGUCAAGGAAUUUGUUUGUGUUGUUUUUACUAGAGGCCCUGACUUUGGAGCAGGCAGGUUGAUGUUAAUGGCAUUGUUCUCUCAUCAGGUUUUUCAAGCACAUGCUUCGUUCCCACUUUAAAGUUACUAAAAAUGUAGUUAAGCUUUUUUGUGCAAUGCUUUGUUGCCAAAACAAUUUUGCAAGUUUUGGGAGGCAGGUAUAUAUCCUGUCCUUUUAAUGGUCUCAUCACUGUCCAUGCACGUAAGCCAUUCUAAUUCUGUAAACAGCAGAGCAAAGUCUCAUUAUGUGUACCUUUUAACAUCUAUAUAUCAAACUGUCUUUUUGUGGAAUGGAAGUGGGAGGCAGAUCCAGACCAUCUAUCUUUUCCCUGCAUACACAAUUCCACCGCAUCCUUCCUGAAGUCUUCUAACUAAAUCUUCUGAAUUUGUUGUUGAAGAUUCUUAUUUGUCUGAACUGGAAAACCCAUUUGGUAAGAUUAAAAGUGCCCCCAGUUCUCCCGAAAACUACUAAGUGCUGUCUUGGGUUUUCAUCGAGUACUGCAAUCCGCAACUCCUUUCCUUCGGUGAAGGACUCCAAAGAGAUGUCUAUAAGCAGAGAACUGAUCAAGAGAUGACUUCUGGUGGCUUUUAGUGUUGGUCUCCGUGGUACCUUAUGAUGUCAGUAUUUAUCCUCAAGAUCGAAGAGGGGAAGUUUUGUUGUCUUGGUUUCUUUAUUUUGUUAAUACAUGAUGACAUUAGAUUACCUUAAUGCCAUUUCAUUAGUGGAAAACACGUUUGUUACUACCUAUUAAUUCAUAAAAGGAAAGUUAUUCUUCAUAUAUUUAAAAUGUUAAUGAAAAUUAGUAUCACAGUUAAGAUAAAUGAGGCAGUACCAUGAAAUGCCAUUUGGCUUUUAUCCCAAUGAGAGGCUUCUGGGACAUAUUCUGAUCUUAUUUUGCUGCUGGGUUGUUUUCUUACAGUUUGAUCUGUUGAGGUAUUUUUGCUCCCAUCUUCUUGUGGUGACCAUAGAGAAGAAAGUGAGUUUCUUUUCAUUGCCAAAAUUGAAAUUCCACCAUAGAAAAUUCUCUUAAAAAAUAAAUUUUUGACUCAUCUAGUAGGAAAAUAGUCUCUAGUUACUUGACUGAUUUACUCUAAAUAAUAAUCAUAGAAUCGUUUGGUUGGAAAAAAACUUUGCAAUCAUCGAGUCCAACUGUACCUGUCCACUACUAAACCAUAUCCCUAAGCACCUCAUCUACCUAUCUUUUGAAUACCUCCAGGGAGGGUGACUCAACCACCUCCCCAGGCAGCCUGUUCCAGUGCCUGAUAAACUUUUCGGUGAAGAAUUUUUUUCCUGAUAUCUAAUCUGAACCUCCCCUCGUGCAAUUUAUGGCUAUUUCCUAUCAUCUAAUAUAGUAUAAUAAUAUAUAAUUAACAUUAUUAAUAAUAACCAAGUAUAGUAAUUAUUGAGUUGGUAUUGGUUGCUCUUCUAGUUAAAUAAAGUCUAGAAAAUUUCUUGGAGAAUUCACAGACUGUCCCAUGAAACUGCUUAUUGAGCAGACUAGCACAGUAGCUUACACAAUGGAUUUGGUAAGAGGGAAUAUUCCAAGGGUGCAAAUAAACCCCCAUUUGUGUGGACCAUACCAUCAGUUCAUCAUGGCUAUGAGGGUUGUGCUAAUAGUCUGAAGCACUUGAUACUGGCAAAAUGAAAGGUUAGACCAAGCAAAAAUUUAGAAAGUGCCACCUGUCUGGCAUGAAAUAGAGCAUGGGAGAGGAGGUGUGUCUAAGUGCUGGAAGAUACAGAACAGGAAGUCAUUGGAAUUUCACUCGAGUAUUAAUUAUGCACUGAAGUUUUGUUUUACAUAAAUGUGAAUAAUAGCUGUGCUGAAAAUGCCAAAUCUGAAAGGUAUUUGAUCAAUAAUGUCUGGACAACAUUAAACAAGUAUCUACUGGUGAGCUAAUAACUGUAACUCACAGGAAGGCGACAUGUUGGUGACUCUCUGAAAAAUGCACAUCUGAAGGUAACUUAACAUCUUAAAAUAAACCAAAUGCACUUUUGUCCCUCAGGGUAGAUGGCAGUUAGAGUAAAUGCAUGAUGUAUGGAAAAUUGGGUUCAUUUGGAGUGACUUCUGCUUGCCAGGAAAAUGUUGUAAUGAAGGUACCUGAGGUCCUACUGAAGCACUGAAUGUAAUUUUAUUAUUUUGCAUGUUAUUUUUACUACUUUGCAGUUUGAUUGUUUUAUCAUCUUUUCCAAUAGUAAGGAUGUGGUACUGGAAGGAAGGUUGAGAGACUUGACCUGCUCUGUUUCUAAAGACAUUCAGUGAUAAGCAUCUGUUGACUAAUGUUGUUUGUUGACCUUUUUCUGCAGCAUUUCUUACUAUUUCUAUUCAACUGUUCUAGCCCUAUGACUUUGGUGGCAUUUGGGAGUUGAAUCUGUCAUUCCAUUUCAGCUCACUGUAUGUGCAUCAGAAACUGUUCCGCUUGGUUCAGCCCAUUUUGAUGAUAGUUAGCCCAUUUUGGCAAACCCAGACUGGCUCAUGGUGAAAAAUGUCGUGGUUAAAAUGUUAUUAUGUGGCAUUGACCUGUAAUAGGAACUUUUAGAAAGGAAGAGCCUUUAGCUCUUUUGUGUACUCCUCUGGCAUAAUGCAUCUGCUUUUCCAUUGCAGCGCAUCAUCUACUCUCCACAUCUGCUUUGUGAGAUUAUGGAACUAGAAAAGUUGUAGCGCAGAGCAGUUUAUGGGAACUGGGUAGUGCCUGUGCUGAUCUGCAGAUUGAUAACUUGAGAAAGAGAGGGAGGCUAACAGUCUCUGUCUCAAGCACAGUCUGUCGAGGAAUAUCUGUUUAAUUCUGUGGAUAUGUUUGGAAGCAUUGAUUUCCAGUAUGAGUUUGGCAACAGUCUUUAAGCAGUAGAUGGUUUUGUUUGGGGUGGUGGUCAUAACAGACAAAACUGUUCCAGGGUCUUAUUUAAUCUUCUUGUUUCUGGUCUCCAUGCCUUGUCAGUGCAGGGGUUAAAGCCUGACGGAGGGAGGACAAUAAGCAUUUCUGUGUCAAAAAGCUCUCAAUAUAUAUUGUUCCCUACUUAAGUAGUAAUUGAAUGAUGUGAACUGAAACAAAUACUUUUCUUAUAAGAGAAACAAUUGGCUUUAAAAUAGACUUUAUUCUUUUUUUCUAGAUGACUUACUGAUGGCUUCCUGAUUCUUUUUCCUUACUUUUGAAAUUGACAAAAGCAUUGCCAGAGUAUUGCUUUCAUUUAAAAUAUUUUGCCUUGCAGCCAUUUAAAGUCUAGUUAUAAAGUGUCGAAAGUUCAAACCAAACUUACAAUUAUUUUGAAAAUAACUUUUAAAAGUAUGUUUAAAAAAAACCAGACUUCAGAAAUGACCGGCUUAAGCGAUGGUUCAGUACUCAAAUGGCACAGUUUUCUAAGCAACAUGUAGUAAUUGAAAUAAAUGGUGGAGUAAGUAACUUAUUGCCUGUGUUAGCAAAAGCUGAAAACACUUACUUGACUUAUUGUUCCAUCAAUACUAUCAAGAUGCUCUCAAUGUAGCUAUAAGAAAAAAACAGAAGUGAAUGCCAGCAGCCCUAAUAGAGGCGACUCAGGCAGUUGUCAAUACCUCAUUAUUUUGUGUGUGUAUGUGGCCAAUAGAGUUAUUUAAGUAAAGUUCACAAGUCUGUAUUUUAAUUUUUUUGGAAUGAUAGUCACUCAAAGUCUUCCAGGUUGCUCUGUAUAAAUGCUAUAAAAAUAUGGUGUUAACAUACCAUAAGAAAAAUUAUGGUAAGCUCUGAGUCAAGAUGGUUAAUUUUUUGUCAUUCCACAGUUUACUUCACUCAGGCUUGCUCACAGUUCCCAGACUAUACAGUCAGGUUAGCAGAGAAGACCAUUAUCUGGAAAACCAAAUGGAUUUUGGUUACAGUGACUCCUAAAAGCUACUUUCUUGUAAUCAAGUGUGAGUACAAAAUGUAUUUAAGCAGGUCUUUUUUUUGUGCUUGAAAAAAGACUUCAAGGCAGCUUUUAGUGUGCAGAAUGAAUCCUUAUAUUGAAAUAUCUUUGAGAUUUAGUAAAAUGCUAUUCAAACUGCCUCCUCUUUAGCAGACUUCUGUCUGCUUUGUGUCUUCAGCUGUCAAGCCACCUCUGGUUCUUCAGACUAGAUGUGAGGUUUUUGUUUCACAGCGUGAGAAGUACUAAAGCCCUUUCCAAUAUUCAUUUUUUCUUUCAAAUAUGUUGGAAGAGCAAUGCUUAUCCUUAAAGUAUUUAGAAUUUUUCUUUUUUUUUUUCUUGCAAAUUGGAAAGAGGAAAGGGUAAAAUUAUGGAAAGUUUUGGUCCUUUCAUCACAGAGGCAUAGAGAAGAGUAAGUGGAGAAAAUAGCGUGUUAUAAUGUUAUGUCUUCCUUCUAACACCUGCAAGUUGAUCAUCUUCACUGUCCUAUUAUUUUGUAAUACUACAUUGCCACAGACGAUUUUUUAACAACAUUGUAUGUAUUUUUGAUUUUUUCGAAACAGUCUGCCAGGAAUGGUUGAUAGAAUUCUUUGGAUUCUUUUAAACAAUCUAAUACUGUCCUUUUUCUUCCCUUGUGUAUGCCUACUUUUUCUACUUAUUUUUCCCCUCUUUCUACCUGAUUUAUAAAGACUCUGCUCUUCUCUGGCAACUCUGUUGUGGAUUUUCUUCUUCCUUUGCCAAGAAUGUGGAGGACUGGGAAGGUAUUCAUGAAUACAACACAAACUGAGUUUGAAUACCAACCAGUGAAAGGGAGAAACUUGGGUUAGUCUAGCACAAAGUAAUCAUAGUGGGGCUUGAUAAUGCUGGAAAGACUACUAUUCUUUACCAGUUCUUAAUGAAUGAAGUGGUUCAUACUUCUCCAACCAUAGGAAGCAAUGUAGAAGAAAUAGUGGUGAAAAACACUCAUUUCUUAAUGUGGGAUAUUGGAGGACAAGAAUCACUACGAUCAUCAUGGAAUACAUAUUAUUCAAACACAGAGUUCAUCAUUCUUGUUGUUGACAGCAUUGAUAGAGAGCGACUUUCUAUUACAAAAGAAGAACUUUACAGAAUGCUGGCUCAUGAGGAUUUACGGAAGGCUGCAGUUCUCAUCUUUGCAAACAAGCAGGACAUGAAAGGUUGCAUGACAGCUGCCGAGAUAUCUACAUACCUCACCCUUAGCUCCAUAAAGGAUCACCCGUGGCACAUUCAGUCCUGUUGUGCUUUAACAGGAGAAGGAUUAUGUCAAGGCUUGGAGUGGAUGACCUCCCGUAUUGGAGUGAGAUAGCUUUUUUUUUUUUUUUUUUUUUAUCUUUUCCCCAAAUGAAGAGACUUCUAUUUAUCCUGUGAACAUGUACAUUUCUGUACUUUGGCUGCCGAGGCAGUGACCAUGUUUAAUUUAUAUCAGCCAAGCCCUGAGCUGUACUUGAAUCAAGUGCAGUUGAACUGAUACACAAAAGUAUUUUCUUAAUGUUUUUAAUACACUAAUCUUCAACUGGAUGAACAUAUGUGAAUCUGUUUUCAAGCAUUGAAAUGCCUCUGAAUAUAUAUCCUAACUUUUUCAAUUAUAGCUUUUUAAAAUGUGUUUUGUUGUCAUCAAUAUUUCAUACUUCCUCUUUCUAAAUAGUUUAUAUAACUUACUAACAUAUAUGAGCGCAGUUUGUUUAAUAAUAAUAAUAAAAAAGUAGCAAGUAGUUUGACUAUAUUCUGGCAUAACCUCAGCCUCUAAGGGUAGCCAUAUCUCCACCUGGGCUUCAGUAGAGUUCUAGCCAGCAUGGGAAUGAAUAGUUAUGACUGCAGAUUUUUAAAUGCUGAAUGAGUUAAUAAUAGUUAAUAGUGUGGUGGCUUUUAAUCUGGUACAUAGUUGAAUAUCUGCCUUAAAAGAAAUUAAUUCUCAUUUUCUCUGGUUAGUAGAUCUACGAUAUGAGUCUUUUACUUGAAAAUACAUCUCUGUGUAGUGGAUAAAAAUUUUAUGAAGUGCUGAUUUAGUCGCUUAGGAAUUGAAUACCUUUUAAAAAAUAAACCUCUUGGUAAUUAAAUUUGGAAUCACAGCAGCCAGUGUUAUGUGUAGACUUGCUGUAAUCUGUUAAAAUUUUAAAUACUGUAUACAUGAGCCUUCCUCACCUUCUAGUGAGAGUGCUGAUUUUUAAAUAAAUGCAGGAUCAAAAGGGAAGCCAGGUUUCUAAACAGAUCAAAAUGAUGGUGCUGUAUCUGUAGUCUUCAGAGUGAAGCUAAACUUGACAUUUAUUUACCUACUAUCAAAUGCGUUUUCAAAUUUUGCUGCAGAGAAAAUAUUUUGCCUUAAUUUUUGUUUUUAGUGUUAUUUGCAGGAACAGAGACCUUUUGAUGGUGUUUGGGUUAGGUUCAAUCACCUGAAAUUUAGGACCUGAAAGAUGAAAAAGUAGAGUUUCUAUUUGAAAAACAGAUAGUGAAAGAUUGGACCUUGUAACUCUUUAUUCAAUUUGAAGGGGAUGGUUAGACCUGCAAAGAGACUGUAAAGCUACGGUUGAAGCUCCUUGUGAACAUUAGCCACUAAAACAAACCUCAACCACCAAAGGCUCAAAAAAAUCAUCAUGGUGGAAUGGGAAGAAAACAAAACCAAUAGCAGACAACUGGUUCCUAGUGAAAUCCCAGAAGCAGUCAGGUGUCUUAACCUAUGUAAAUGCUUGGCUUUCCAAAAAGCACUGUUCUGCACUUUUGCAUGCCUGAAAACUACAUGGACUCUUGUUACUGAAACCGUUUUGCUGAUGGACUUAAGCCUUUAAUGACAAAAUGUUUUUGUUAAAUCUUAUUCUGAUAAUUCAUGCACAUUGAGUUUUCUUUAAUAAAAUUAUAAGUUUUGUUAAUUUCAA